AUGGCUCACAUCACCAUCAACCAGUACCUGCAGCAGGCCUAUGAAGCCAUCGACAACCAGAAGGGGGCACUCUGUGCUGAGCUGCUGUCCUUUAAACACCCCCACGUAGCCAACCCAAGGCUCCAGCUGGCCAACCCAGAGGACAAAUGUCAGCAGGUUCUUGAGCCACCGUACGAUGAAAUGGUGGCUGCUCAUCUAAGGUGUACGUAUGCAGUUGCCAAUCAUGACUUUGUAGAAGCCUACAAGUUCCAGACCAUUGUCGUCCAAUCCUUUUUGAGAGCAUUUCAGUCCCACAAAGAGGAGAACUGGGCAUUGCCUGUGAUGUUCACUGUCACACUGGAUUUGAGGAUAUUUGCUAACAAUGCAGAGCAGCAGUUGCAACUGAAGGGCAAGGGUCAACCGAGUGAGAUGCUAGAAAAAGCUGCCGAGCAACUCAUGAGCUGCUUUCGAGUUUGUGCCAGUGACAAUCGAGCUGGGAUCGACGACUCAAAAAAGUGGGGCAUGAUGUUUCUAAGCAACCAGCUCUUCAAGAUCUACUUUAAGAUCAAUAAGCUACAUUUGUGCAAGCCGCUUAUCAGGGCCAUCGACAGCUCCAACCUAAAGAACGACUACAGUCCUGCUCAGAAGGUCACAUACAAAUACUAUGUAGGUCGCAAAGCCAUGUUCGACAGUGACUUCAAACCAGCCGAGGAGUUUCUUUCCUAUUCCUUCCGACACUGCCAUCGUGCCAGUCAGAAAAACAAGAGAAUGAUUCUCAUCUACCUGCUGCCUGUCAAGAUGUUGCUGGGCCAGAUGCCAACGCUUCAGCUCCUGGAGAAAUACGACCUCCUUCAGUUUGCUCAAGUCACCAAGGCUGUCAGUGACGGAAACCUGCUGCUAUUAAAUGAGGCUCUUUCCAAACACGAGACCUUCUUCAUCCGCUGUGGCAUCUUCCUCAUCCUGGAGAAGCUUAAGAUAAUCACAUACAGGAACCUCUUCAAGAAAGUGUACCUGCUGCUGAAGACACACCAGCUGCCUUUGGACACCUUUUUGGUGGCCCUGAAAAUGAUGAAGGUGGAAGAUGUUGACGUGGAUGAAGUGCAGUGUAUCCUGGCAAACCUAAUCUACAUGGGUCACAUCAAAGGUUACAUCUCUCAUCAACACCAGAAGCUUGUGGUCAGCAAACAGAAUCCCUUUCCUCCACUGUCUACAAUCUCCUAA